AUGGCACCAUCAUCCCACAGAUUCCUCUUUGGAGGCGACCAACGAUGGUCCCUCACAUACUGGACCUCCUCCGACGACCGCGUCCGGGGCGGUUCCUCGUAUUCCACCCUCACCAUUCUCCCAAACAACACAGUCCAAUUCCACGGACAUCUGGAUAUUACCACCCUCGGCCGAGCAGGGUUUGCCUCCCAGCGGACAACAGAUGAUAUAUCCUGGGACCUAUCCGACGCCGACGGGCUCGAGCUGGACGUCGCCGGUUCGGAUGGGAAAGUGUACACUCUAGUUGUUAAAGACAGACUACUACCAACCCGGGCUGAUGGUCGUGAGCAGAGUACGAUCAGCUGGGAGUAUGAUUUCCAGACGGUGGAGAGGGCAAUUGUGAGAGUGAGAUGGGAGGAUCUACGGGCGUCGUAUCGGGGGAGGAAAGUUGAUGCGGAGCCGUUGGAUUUGAGGAAUGUAAAACGGAUUAGUAUUAUGGUUCGCAGUUUCUUUGGGAGGCAAGAGGGUGACUUUCUGCUGGAUGUGGCCUCCAUUGCUGCGUUCUGUGGAGACAGAUGA